AUGGCCAGACAAAACUUUGUAGGGUUUGUCAUAUCCCAAGGGAAGAUGGACAAGACCGUGAAGGUGCGGGUCAUGCAGAAGGUAUUGAACAAGAAACUGCAAAAAGAGUACUUGAAAAAAAAGGAUUUCCUUGUCCAUGACGAAGCCAAUAUUUGCAAAGAGGGAGAUCUGGUGAGAAUCGAGGCCACGCGUCCGUUGAGUGCACGCAAGUCGUUUGCUGUGGCAGAAAUUAAGAAAAACAAAGGUGAGGAGUUUCAGCAUUACCAGGAAGAGGCCAAAAGACAGGUGGCAGAGGAAGAGACGAGGAGAAGACAAGACCUGCUCAGAAGAAGAGAGUUAUACAACAACUCUUCAACGCUGUAUCACGACUUAGACGAGGUGAAGAUGCUCAGAAAGCCUUUUUCGGAGUUGUCUGAAGAGGAGCGCGAGAAGAUAGCCAAUUUGAAGCUUAAAUAUGGGAUUUCUAACUGGGACGCAGGUUUCGAGAACCAGGAGCUUUUCAUGUCGAGCCUCUCGCAUCUUGCAAACAAGCUGGAGUCAAUCAGAUCCGAAGUGGAGCUCAGCAAGAAGCUGGAAGACAUAAUAGCCAAAGGAGAGUCCGAUACGACUUUCAGGAUGCUCGUAAACAGACUCGACCUGGAUCCGGCAACUACGAAGAAAAACAUCAUGAAAAACAAGAUGCGGAGAGUGUUACAGACCGCUUCCGGGGAGGAGCUGGCCCAAUGGGGCAUCGAUUUGUAA